UCCGGAAAAACCUGUCAUUCCAAUAAAAAAAGAAAUAGAUCGUGAUGAAGAGAAAAUUGAUUUUGUUGAAAAAAUUGUCGAGAAAGAAAUUGUCAGUCCGACAGAAGAAAUAGUAGAUCGCGAUGGAAAAAAAAUAGAUUUGAUUACAGAAGAAAAAAUAGACCAAGAAGCUGUGAUCGUCCAGAAAGAAACUGUCAGUUCGAUAGAAAGGAUAGCAGAUAGCAAUGAUGAAAAGAUUAAUUUCGUUGAAGAGAAAGACCUAAUCAUGAAAAGAAUCGCAGAAGAACUUAUAAAGGAAGUUCCGAUUGAGAAACCUGAGAUUAUAAAAAACAAAAUUGAACAGGCACCAGCACCAAUAAUUGAAUUGGAACCGUCGCAGGAAUUAGAAGAGCAUUUCGUGCCAGAGGAGCCUAUGGUAUAUGACGAAGAGGAAGAGGGCAAAACUGACUAUGAGCAAUAUAUCGACGAGGAAUUGCAGGAGUUUCUACCCGCCGUAAUAGCGAGGGAAAUUCCGGAGGAGCCGAGGGCGGUGCGUACUGAAAUUUCCAGGAAUGCGGCCACCUUAUACGAGAAAAUCGAUCACGAAAGACCUGUCAGACCAUCGAGGGAGCGAGAAGCAGUGACCGCAAUGCCUGAAGAACGACCGGUUAGAGAAGAAGUAUCUGUAAAACGAGCUCCCGAGAACUCGAAGAUAGCAGAGCGGAUCGUCUCGCGUAAACCUGCAGUCGUAGAAGAUGCUUGCGAGGAAACAUGUCCUUUAGUAAAAGAGCAGAAAGAACGCAUUAUGCGCAAAUUGAAGAUACGGCAGCGAAUCGUAGAUCAUUAUUAUCUGACGAAAGGUUUCAGCUACUUCGAGGACGUAUGCACGUGCUCUUUGGCUUGUAUGGUAUACACUUUGAGCAGGGAUCCAUUUGUGAAGAGUAUAUUCGCGUCUCUUGCAUUGUUUGCAGUCGGAUUGAAACUGUGCUCCGAGCUGGAUGCGUGGGAGAUGCCGAAUCGCAUUUCAUAAGACCAAAAUAUCGAUAAUGGCCAACACGUAAUCUUCACCUAAGCCUCUUAUAGAACGCGACGAUUUGCAUUUAGAUUAACGAGACACCAUUAAUCGAAUGUGUACAAUAACUCAUUUAUUCAAUAUACAGCUAU